CUCACACGUCCCAUCUGCUUCUUUGCCCCUCUCUCUCUCUCUCUCCCCCUCUCUUCCAUGGAAUCCGACAGUCGGCGAUGUUUUCUCUCCGACUCCGACAGUCCUCGCCGACUCAACCGGAAAUGCAACUUCGGAAACUUUUGAACCUGCUUCUGUAAACGACGUCGUACCGGCUAGCUUCUCCUUCUUUGUUCGUUCACUAGCUAGUUUUUUUUUUUUUUUUGGUUCUGUGGUGGUUGUAGAGAGAGAGAGGAGCUCGUAAUUCACGCUUUUUUGGUGUGUUUUGAUCACUGAAUGUUCAGUUAUCGAGUUGUUUUUCUCUCGAAGCUCUUCGAAUUUUGAGCUCCGAUCGUCGUUUGAUAUCUUUUUGUGGUUGAUCGUUGAAUUUUCCGAUCGGAUCGAUUUGUCUUAGCGGUCGGAUUCAUCGGUGGCAGUAGAAUCGUGGUCUCAGCCGUUGGUUGGAGCUCAAAUGGUUGGUGGAGGUGAUUCUGUGAAGCUGAGCCUGUGAGAGAGGGAGGCGAAUCGGAGUUGAAGAGGAGGGAGUCAUGUUGGAUCUCAAUCUCAAUGUUGGCUCGAGCGAUUCGACUCAGCACGGAGACUCGGUGGUAGGGUCGGAGAAGUUUCCGGAAGGUUCUGGAACUCAAAUGGACGAGUCGGGGACCUCCAACUCGUCAAUCGUGAAUGCAGAAGCGUCGAGCAAUGGCGGCGGCGACGAUGACUCUUGCUCCACACGCGCCGGCGAUGCCUUCUCGUUGAAUUUCGAUAUCUUGAAGGUCGGUGAUUGCGGUAGUCCGAACGAUGUCGUUACGAGGCAGCUGUUCCCGAUGAGUGCCGGUGGAGGAGUUGGUGGAGAUUCUGUGUUUUUUCAGGGGCAGUCGUCAAGCAAUUGGAUCGACCUGUCAUUCAAUCAGAGUGGUACUGUUGGUGGGCAAGAGGUGAGAGUGGCUCAACAGCAUCCACAGCCACAGCAACAGCAACAGCCGGUGAAGAAGAGCAGGAGGGGACCCAGGUCCCGAAGCUCUCAGUACAGAGGAGUUACGUUCUACAGGAGGACUGGAAGAUGGGAAUCGCAUAUCUGGGAUUGUGGGAAACAAGUGUAUUUGGGUGGAUUUGACACUGCUCAUGCUGCAGCUAGAGCCUAUGAUCGAGCGGCUAUUAAGUUUCGGGGAGUUGAUGCUGACAUUAAUUUUAAUCUUAGUGAUUAUGAUGAGGAUCUGAAACAGAUGAAGAAUCUGACAAAGGAAGAAUUUGUGCACAUACUCCGUCGCCAGAGUACUGGUUUCUCCAGGGGGAGCUCAAAAUACCGAGGGGUGACACUGCACAAAUGUGGCCGGUGGGAAGCUCGAAUGGGUCAAUUUCUUGGAAAAAAGUAUAUAUAUCUUGGGCUCUUCGACAGUGAAGUAGAAGCUGCAAGGGCUUAUGAUAAGGCGGCUAUCAAAUGUAAUGGAAGAGAGGCAGUCACCAACUUUGAGCCUAGUACUUAUGAAGGGGAGAUGAUCCCUGAGGCCAGCAAUGAAGGUAGUGAUCACAAUCUUGAUCUGAACUUGGGGAUUUCUCCUCCUUUAAGCAAUGGCCCAAAGGAAAUUGACGGCUUGGGGCAUCUCCAAUUUCACUCUGGCUCUCAUGAUGCUCACAAUGGAAGGAGAUCAAUGAUGGAGAACCCUAAUAUAGAAACAGCGGGUGACCCGUCUUUCAAAGGGCUAGCAAUGACAUCGGAGCACCCUCCUCUGUGGACUGGUGUAUAUCCCAGCUUCUUUCCUGGCUAUGAGGAAAGGGCAACAGAGAGAAGAAUUGAAGCAAGUUCUUCACAAGGACUCCCAAACUGGGGGUGGCAAAUGCAUGGUCAGGUCACUGCUACUCCAAUGCCAUUGUUCUCUACUGCAGCAUCAUCAGGAUUCUCAUCUUCGGCUACCACUGCUCCCUCCGCUGCCAUUCUUUCAUCUAAACCGCCCAACACAACAUCCCACUCUAUCUGUUUUGCUUCAUCCGCCUCAGCCGUCACCCACCCCUCUCAAUACUAUUUCCAGAUGAAGCCCCCACCACCUUAAUCCACCCAUCACACCUCCACCUCCCCCUUUAUCAAAGGCGGAUAGGCAACCACAACAAAAACAGAGUGGUCUUCAAAUUCAUUUGUAUGUUUCAAAUAGUCGAUUGAUAUGCGCCAUGUCUAGGCGCCCAACUAGUUUGGUAAACCAUUACUCUACAGGAUUUAUUAGUAUCAAGAAAAUGCUAAUCCCUUUUGCCUUUGUUAUGUAGCACUGGGUUGUUGAAAUUCUAUUAAACUUCCUUAUUAGUUGUUGUGUC